AUGAAUUAAAAGAGAGGAAGAUAAGCAAUAAAAAGAUUGAGUCCAGAUAAGAAGGAUGAAGUCUAAUAAAAGGAUGUUGUUAAAUCAAAAGGAAAAUAAUAAAAGGAAGUAAAAAAAACAGAAGAUACUGUAGAGAAAAAAGGAGAAUAGAAAAUUGAGAAAUAAUAGAUAAUUAAAGGAGAGGAUAAAAAAGUAAAAUAAGUUCUAGAAAUUGAAUAAAAAUUUGAAUUGGGAGAUGGGAAAUUUAGUACUCCAACAAUAAAAAUUGCAAGUUGGAAUGUUAAUGGAAUCAGAGCUGCUACUAAACGUGAAUAAGCUGUACAAUAUUUACAUGAUAAUAAGGUAAUUUAUAAUAUAUAAGUUUAAGUUUGAUGUAAUUUGUUUGAAUGAGUUAAAAGCAGAUUAGGCUGUAUUUGAUAAAGAAAACUUAGGAUCUAAAUUUGGAAAACAUUAUGUUCUUUAUCUUAAUUUCUGUAAGACUAAAGGUGGAUAUAGUGGUGUUGCUAUAGCUUCGAAGUACUAAAUACUUUAAUUUAUAGAGUAAAACCUAUUUCAAUCAAAUGUGAUAUUGGUAUAGAUAAACAUGAUAAAGAAGGAAGAACACUGACAGCUGAAUUCGAAAAGUUUUAUUUAGUUGCAUGUUAUGUACCAAAUGCAGGAUAGAAAUUAGAAAGACUUGAUUAUAGAACUAAGGAAUGGGAUGUUGAUUUCUAAAACUAUCUUGAAGAUUUAAAGAAGAAAAAACCUACUAUUUUAUGUGGUGAUCUUAAUGUAUCUCAUCAUGAAAUAGAUCUAGCUAAUCCAGCUGGCAAUAAAAAAACUGCUGGGUAUUUCAAUUAUCUUAAUUUUAGAUUUACCUAAUAAGAAAGAGAUCAAUUUACAAAUUAUUUGUAAAAAGGAUGGAUUGAUACAUUUAGACAUUUGCAUCCAAAAGAAGUUAAAUAUAGUUAUUUUAGUGCUAGAAAUAAUAGCAGGUAAAAUAAUAAUUAAUUAAAAUUUAGAUAAGAAAACAAGGGAUGGAGAUUAGAUUAUUUUAUAAUUAAUAAAGAAGUUACUAAUGCCAUCAUUGUAUCUGAUAUCAAUACAAAUAUUGAGGGAAGUGAUCAUGUUCCAAUUGAAUGUGAAGUUGAUCUUAGAAAAUUAUGA